AUGUUUGCGACCCUGGCCAAGGCUGACUCGGGAGCGUUGAUGCAAUUCCUCCAUCGGGUGAAUCUGAUAGGAGUUUUAGACCGAUCUGAUCGUGAUCGAUUCUGCACUGUUUUGCAACAAAAUCUCGUACGUGCCAUGGAAAUUGGAAUAAUUGACGGCUCUCCCGUCGCUUUCCGGGGCGAAGCGAUAUCGCUCCCCGCAUCGGGCGAGGAGUCCGUCUUCAGCUCGGUCUCGAGCUUCUUCUCGUCGCUCUUGCCAGUCGCUCACGCCGAAGAGGAGUCUUCCGACGAUGCUGAGGAGGAGUCCGAGGACAAGGAGUCCGAAGGAGAGGACGCCGAGGAGGAGGAAGAGGAAGAGGAGGAGGACGAGCCCGAGGACCCCGCGCCUGCCAUCUACGAAGGUAAGUCUGCAGCUCCUUUUAGCUGUGCUGCAACUCGCACCUACGGUCUGUUGAAUCGCAAACUUACAGUUUUGAUUCCUUCAUACGUGUCAAUCAACCUCGCUCCGACAGACUGCGAAAAGUCGAAGGCCUGCGCUCCACUCAAGCACCACUUUGACGAGUGCACCAAGCGUGUCGAGGAGGGCAAGGGUUUCGAGGGUGAAAACUGCAUCGAGGAGUUCUUUCGGAUGAUCUCUGAACGAACAAGAGGGUUCCUCAUCUCUUAUUACAUGGCCCGAGACCUUUCUUUGCAUGCGGGUCGUAGAGCUUGUCACAACUUCAUCGGCGACUCGACUCUACCCAGCUAA